CUCUUCCCGGUAAGGAGAGUGCCGUAGGAUUCCGUCUUCUCUAGCAGACGCCAGACAGCGAAGAAGAAGCCGGAGAAACUAUGGCUCUGUCUGAAACCCUAGAAGGUGGGGCGGGAUCCAGGUUCGUUCAGAACGUUGUGUUCAUGAGGCACGGCGAUCGGAUCGACAACUUCGAGCCGCUGUGGCUGCCGAAUGCUGCCCGGCCGUGGGAUCCUCCACUCACCGACGCCGGCAAGAUCAGGGCGUGGUGUACCGGAAAGCGGAUCAGGAGGGAAGGGUUCCCCAUCCACCGUGUCUUCGUGUCCCCUUUUCUCCGAUGCGUGCAAACGGCGGCCGAGGCUGUAGCGGCGUUCUGCGCCAUUAACGACGACCCUGCAGAGAUCACCAGCGAGAAGGCCGUCAUCGAUCCGUCCAGAGUCAAGGUCUCAAUAGAGUAUGGACUCUGUGAGAUAAUGAGCAGGGAAGCGAGAAUUGAAGCUCCACCAAAAGAUGGAAAGUGGUUUAUUGACAUUUCUGAGAUUGAAGCCAUCAUACCGGCUGGGACAAUGGAUCGCUCAGUAGAGCCCAUUUAUCAUGAGCCACCGAAGUGGGAGGAAGAUGUGAACGCUGCAAGGCAACGUUACAAGGAUGUGGUUAUUGCUCUGGCGAAUAAGUACCCUGGAGAAAAUCUAUUGCUUGUCUCACAUGGUGAAGGAGUUGGGGUUUCUGUUUCUUCAUUCAAGAGAGGCACACUUGUAUAUGAAGUAGAAUACUGUGCCUACUCGCAUCUGCAGAGGAGCAUUACACGUGUUCCUGGGCAGCAGGCUACUGUUGAGGAGUUCCAAGUUGUUACCAAGAACGGUCGGACGGGCGUCCAAUUUAUGAGCCAGGAGUGACUCGUUCCCUUCUGAACACUGUCGCCUAUUGCGAUUCCCUCUUUUCAGGAGUUAUAACCUCGCUAAUUUGUAUGAUCUGUAACUGCAGCGCCAUAACAGAUUAUUACGGGUUGUUUAUGCUUCAUCAGCAACAGGUUGAUCCGCAUCUUUGCCGGGUUUCUUGGGGAAACAUGAUAGUGCAUGGGAGUCGUUGUUCGAAUGAGCUUGAGAAUUGCGUCACAUUCCUGGAAUUUGUCUAGAAAGUGUUCAUCCGAUGUAAUGGUUGCACAUUUUCUUUUGUUUAAAGUGAUUUACAGUUUCCUUUUUCUCCUCUAA